AGUCUCACUAGUCAUGCUCUUCUUCCAUGUGUCCCCGCCGCGCCGCCCGCAUGCACCGGAGCCCCGGGGGCUCCUCCAGCCGAGCUUGGAGCGCGAAGCACCGCUCCCUGCUGAUGCUCGGGCUCGGGGUGCUGCUGGGAGCCGGCAUACUACUGUGGGAGCAGUGGGGCGAGAAUGAGACGCGGGAUGAGGAGCCCGUCAGAGGAGGGCAACAGGUUCGCCCCAGGCCUCUGUCCUCCGCCCGGCUGAGGGAUCUGAUGUCGGCGGUCAGCGUGGAUCGCAUGUGGUCAUCAUUCUUACGGCCGAUUCUGGUUGAGCGUUCUCCCGGGACCCCCGGAAACCGCCUGGUGAGAGAGCUCAUCUCCGGUCACCUGCGCUCGCUGACUGCCCAGUGGACGGUAGAAUUUGACCUGUUCGAUGCGCUCACCCCGCGGGGCUCCCUGCCUUUUGGAAGUGUUGUGGCCACCCUGGACCCCGGGGCCCGGCGCCGCCUGGUGUGUGCCUGUCACCUGGACUCCAAGUGGUUUCCUGUGGACGGGAGGGGGCGUCCGUUUGUCGGGGCCACUGACUCUGCCGUGCCCUGCUCCCUGAUCCUGGAGGCGGUGACUGCACUGGACGCCCGACUGCGACGACUAAAGGACAAGGGUUCCCCGCUGACGCUGCAGCUCUUUUUCCUGGACGGUGAGGAGGCAUUCGGUGAUUGGACGGAGACUGAUUCCCUGUACGGUGCCCGGCACUUAGCGCAGCGCCUGCACAGUGAGCCUGCACCAGGAGGAUCUGGAACCAAGCUGGAUGCUAUGGACCUCUUUGUUCUUCUGGAUCUUCUGGGGGCUCCGGAGCCGCUGAUCCUCAGCCACUUCUCGGAGACUCGGGGCCACUUCCUGCGGCUCGUCAGUAUCGAGAAGCGGCUCCAUGACCUCGGCCUCCUGGACGCUCAUCGAGUGGACAGUCCCUACUUCAGGACAGACCUGUACUUCGGCGCCGUGGAGGACGAUCACAUUCCGUUCCUGCGGCGAGGCGUCCCCGUGCUCCACGUCAUCUCAACACCAUUCCCAGCCGUCUGGCACACUCAUGACGACACCGAGGAGAAUCUUCAUCGGCCGACUGUCACCAACUUAUGCCGGAUCUUUGUCACCUUCCUGGCCGAGACCCUCGCACUGUGAUGUGGACAGAUCGCGCCGGACGCCUGCUGAAGGCGAGCCCUGAUCUAAGAACGGAGACGGAAAUCUCAGGGGUGUUAAUUCUGCAGCUUCGGAGCUGGAAUCUCCCAGGAUGCUCUGCUGGUUCGGUGUUCGGUGUAGUGUCGGCACCUCCGGAUGCAGGGCCUGGAGCGCCGCGCGUCACGUGUAUACUGUAUGUUCAUUAUCGCGCUGAGCCGGGGUCACAUGACUGUUAUAUGAGGGGUAACUGAAAAAAGAACACAUUCUACAACC